AUGUCAACGCCACCAUCGGGUUUAUCUGCGACAGCGAAAGAAUUUAUUCCAUCUCAACCUCCUCCAGUAGCGUACUAUGAUUCUGUUGACUCUCCUAACCUUGGUCCAACAGCGACUAUUUAUGUUGGUGGGCUAGUUGGAACAUCUUUAUUAUAUCCGACUCAAUCAGCAUGUCUAAAUAUGAGUAAAACUCAACUAUCUCAUUUACCAGAAAUUGAAUUACACAUCCAGCAGCAUCAGACACAACAUAUCAAUUUAGAUUCAUCGCAAGGUCCUACAUCAUCGUCUACCUCAUCAACAUCACCCGUAGCUCAACAACCGUCACAAAUUAUUUUUCUACCGACAAACAUUCCAUACCAAAAUUAUUCACAAGCUAUUUCUCCGUCAGCACAAAUUCUUUAUAGUACAAAUCUACCACCGAAUGAGCUGCCUUAUUAUCCUGAUGCGUACGAUUUUAUUGAUCAGCAACAGCCGCAGUUAGUCAGUUUUUCUCUUCAACCACAACAAACUCCAUCACCAUUACAAAUAUAUACAUUGCAUCAACAAGCGCCAUCUCAGAGCCGAUAUAAACAACGUAAUGACCAACUAAAUCAACAUCAUUCUUCAUUACAAUCAAGACGUGGCAUCGGUCGGCCUUCUCGUGGUGGUACUAUUGGCUCAUUUUAUUCACGUGGUAGAGGUGGGACCUAUCGAACGAACAAUAAUUAUUAUAAUUCGGCAGUUGAUUCUGAUUAUCAAUACGAUAAUAGAUCAAUGUCAUCUUCGUCCUAUAAUCGUCACGGUAAUAGUCAAAACUAUGCUAAUCGAGGUCGAGGAUUUUACGAUCAAUCACAUCGUUACAAUGAGCGAAAUUCACCCUCUUAUAAUGGUCCCUAUUCACAAUCACCAUAUCCUUUACGGAAUAAAAAUGGUUCAACAGGUUCAACUCAAUCCAAACGCAUUCCAACUUCUACUUCUCAUCCACGCGGUUUUCCGUCGUACUAUCAAACCAAUAAUAAUAGUAAUCAUCGAUCAAUACGUGGCCGAGGAUUUACAAGAGGAAUUCCAAAUUCUCGUUCGUAUAAUGAUCAAAAUGACUAUGACUAUGCUGAUUACAACGUUGCAGGAGAAAUUGAUCUCAAUCUGGACAGUGAUCAAAUUAAUAAUCUGAAUAAUUCUCAGGCUCAAUUUAUGAUUGAUAAUAAUGAUGUGAGACCGUUUGAAUUUCGAUUGGAAGAUUUUCCAAGCUUACCUCCAAAUACGAACAAUCAUGCCGUUAAAAAUAAACAGCAUGUAUCCCAUAUACAUGUGAAUAACACGAACCACAUUAGUGACCAACCAAAUGAGAAUGGCUCGCCACCGUCAUGGAACACUGUUGUAUCCACCUCUCGUCCAAGAUCUUCCUCUCCGACUUCCAAAUCAUCUUCAGCUGCAAAACAACGAUCAGUUAGUCAACAUUCGCAAACCGCUCGAAAGAGUCGCAACAAAACCCCACCAGCAAUAACAGGAAAGGACUCAAACGAUAAAAAAUCAAAUUCAAAUGAACGAAAUAAAACGCUAACGAAUGAAGCAUCUUUGAUUCAACAGCGUUCCAUAUCGUUAAACUCAAAUAAUCAAGACAAUGCAGAUUUUAUACAACAGAAACAAAGUCGUCGACGACGAAGAAAGUCGAAAACAAAAUCUCCACAAGACGAAGAACAAUUGAUCACUGAAUCACUUCCAACUGCAUCGUCAGAAAUCGUCCCGUUUUUAUUAGACGAUGAAAAUGCAUUUCCAACAUUGUCAAAUUCACCACCAACAACAAUGAAAAAAUCUGUGACAAACAAUACACAAGAAUCAAAUGAUGAACAAACAAACGGUCCUGUUGUACCGAUAACAGUAUCAGAAAAGCAAUCUCAGUGGGGAACACAUCGAAAACUUCAUGCAAAACCGAAUACGGUCUAUGAUGCGUCUUUAACUGGCAUGUUUGAUGGUUUGAGCACGACAAGUAAACAACAAGAACAACAUCAAAAAUCCUCGUCGUAUGUUCAAAUGAAAACAAAUUCAUUAGAUUCAAAUAUGGCAGUAAAACAUGGUACAGCAUGUGAAAAAUCAAAACAAUGCAAACCAACAAAACUAAAACAUAGCAUUAAUAAAGAACUGGAAGAAAAUUAUAAACAGCAAUUAGUCAUGAAAGAAGAACAACCAUCAUAUGAUACGCAUAAUGAAUUGAAUAGUAUGACUGAUAACAAUCAACAACAACAUGACGAAAUUGAACAAGAUGUUAAUGUAACAGAUGAGGAAGAAGGAGACGCAUCAUCAACUGCUGAUGAUGAGUAUCAAGAUUUGGAAAACAGUGAAAAUCAGUUAGAAGCUACAGUAAACGCUGAUAAUCAAAUAAAGCAAUAA